AGAACACCAUUUCCCAGGUAGCUUUGCGAAUAGAGCAACAAAGAUGGUGAUUCAGCUCGAUGUCGCCGGGACGUGAUAUGAAUUGUGAAACGUAAAACAGAUGAGCUAAAGGAGCGACAGCCCGCACAGCACUGCAGAAAAUUUACCGCUGCGGUGCAACUACAUCCCACCUAGCUGUCUGCGUCGGUAGAUUAACGGGCAACAUGCCUUCUCCUAAAGCUAAAACCCCCGGUCGCAGCGGAGGAAGCCCGGUGCUCGGCAGCACCAACGGCCGCUACGACUUCAUGUCGUUGACGAAGCCGAUGAACCGGUCCUCGCCGUCGCACCUCGUCCAGCGGCAGGGCUCCGACCCGACCACCGCCCGCCUCCGAGCCUCGGAGAGCCCCACUCGGCGCCGGGGCUCCAGCUCCUCCACGGGCUCGGCGAGCGGCCAGGGGCUCCCAGAGGAGGAUGGGAUACGACUCAACCCAUCCUUACUCCGCGUAGCGCUCAGCUCCCUGCUCGCCAUCGACCUGUGGCUGUCCAAGCGGCUGGGGGUGUGUGCCUGUGAGGACUCGUCCUGGGGCAGUGUGCGCCCGUUAAUGAAGUUGAUAGAGAUAUCGGGACAUGGCAUCCCCUGGCUGGCUGGGACCGCUUACUGUCUGUUUAAGAGUGACAGUGCUGCAGGACAAGAAGUCAUGCUCAACCUUCUCAUGGGCCUGCUGUUGGACCUGGUCCUGGUUGCCAUUGUUAAGGCAGUGGUGCGUCGACGUCGGCCAGCGCAUAACCGUAUGGACAUGUUUGCCACCUUUUCUGUGGACCGCUAUUCCUUCCCUUCAGGCCAUGCCACUCGUGCUGCCAUGUGUGGGCGGUUCCUGCUGGCUCACCUGGUGCUGGCUGCCCCACUCAGAGUCCUCGUCCUGCUGUGGGCCGGCCUGGUGGGGCUGAGCCGAGUGCUGCUGGGCAGGCACAAUGUGACUGAUGUGAUGUUUGGGUUCUGGAUGGGCCAUUGCCAGUAUAACCUUGUGGAGAUGCUGUGGCUCUCACCUCAAACCCUGCAAUGGCUACUGGGACAGUUAGUAUAAUAUUUAAGACAACAGAAGGAGGAGACUUGGAGGUUUAAAUCUUGAUUGUAGGAGUGCCUGCACACCUUUUGUCUUUUAGACUGAUAUAUAAGAGAAUUGUCUUUUGACUAGAGAAGAGAGUUCUAUCAAACCCAGUUUUGUUCUACUGUUAUCUGACAAAGUACAAAAGCCCACUUUAAGCCUGCCUGUUUUAGAUACAGUUGGGUACAGUUUUAAUCAGAAAGGACCAAUCAGAAACCUAUUUGUCCAAAUGACUUACUGAAGCCCCCUCAUUCUCCUUACUGGCCUGCUUGACUGACAAUAUGAAGUCAACUCCUUUUUAACAGUUGUUUAGGAUACUGGAAAUUAUUAAGUUGCUGCGAAGGGAGUGUGCAUUUCAAAGUAUCAGCGUUCCAUUUGAGGAUCUGACUUGGUUAUACCCUAUAAUUUACACCACAUUAAUGUGAGUCCUUUUUUUGGAAAAAUAAUGUUUUUUGUUCUGUUGCUUUAUUCAAAUAAUGCAAAAGCAGUGAGUACUAAAAUGAUUAAAUACUGUAAUAUAUAAGUGAAUGAUCAGCGGGACAGUAUCCUAACACAAACCAUGAAAUUCCUUGUUUAGUGUGUCCAGUAACAACUGCUGCCAAACUGCACACUGUAUGCGCACAGCUGUAAAGCCCCUACUAUUAUUUCUGUAAUGUGAGGCCAGAGUUAAUAGCAGAACCUUUCCCACCUGCCUUCGCCUGUCUCCUGUCUUUGGGGUGGUUUCUAGAAACCCUCUAAACUCUCUCCUCUGACAGAACUUUUAUUUUCUCUUCACACAUCUGAUAGGAUUAGACAUUACAUUGUUUCAAGUAGACACACCCAAAGCCUCAUAAAAAUAGAUUUAUUAUUUAUUUAACCAUGUCAUUCUUACUCCUUUGACAGUAUCACUGUUUUAUCAAUAAUCAACCAAAACAUAUUGCGUAUCGCUGAUUACUCAUCAACUCUGAUGCAUCACAUACACUUCACUUUAUUGUUAGCAGGUGAUGCACAUAAACAUAAAUCACUUUCAGAACAUUUUAAUAGAUUCUUAUGUAGUUGUAAUAUAAGACAUGUAUGUGCACUGCUUUGGCAAAUUGCUGCUUUUAUCAAACUUUUAAAUAAUCAGCAAGGAGGAAAGGGGGAAACAUUACCUGAUUUGUGGGUCUAAGGACAGAAAUGUCAUAAAUUUCCAACACAAUUCAAAGUCAGAAAAAGAGCAUGUGGGAAUCCUCUUCUCUAGGCACUGGCCGUUGCAAACGGUGUAAUGAGGCUGAGGACUGUACAAUACAUGUCAGUGAGAGAAAGGAAAGCUGCAUAUUGAAUGAACUUGAGUCUUAGGGAGUAGGGUGCACUAUAUCUUUACAUCUUCAUUGUAAAGUAAUGGGCUAUCCGUUCCCUAAACACAACCUGCUAAACUUCAGAAAGCAGCACUUCUGUUAUCUGACAAACCUCUUUUUGUUUACACAACACAAUGAGUUAAAGAAUAUGAUCAGCUGUGGUUUUAUUGAGCAGUUAGUGGCCCAUAGUCUGGCAACAGACUCACAUCAGUGACGCUUAACAAGUCAUUAGCUUUUGACUGAUUCACAACAUUGUUGUCUCUUUUCUAGUAUGACACUAUGCCCUUUGUGAUAUUACAUGAUCAAAUUUGAAACUCGCUGUGAUUCCGCUUUCAAGCAAGAUCUUGCCCUUGUUUUGGGGCAGCAUGCACACUUAUCUGAGCACCUUUUUAUAAGGUAUGAAACAAGAUGGGGCAUGAUGGAAGCAUGUGUAAAUACCUGAAAUGUGUUCAAUCACAAGUUCAUUCUUGAUCCAUGGCUCUGACUGAGGAUAAUAUCAGUUAUAAUCGUGAGCCCACUUACUAAAUCUCAAUCCCAGCAGAUUUGAAAGUACUUGAUUUCGUUAACAAUUUCACCAAAUUUCUUACAGUCAGGUGAAGACACGAAAGCAGUUAUUAGAGUGCAUAAGGGGCCCUUUAAAUAAUACCCUACGGAUCCAUUUAGGUGAUGGUUUUCUAUCACUUUUUUGUUUAUAACCAUGUAAGCUUUCUAGAAUUCUGCACUGUGAAAACAUUCCUAAAGACACUGGCACUGUACUUUUUUUUUUUUUUGCUCCAACCAUGUUUGCAAGCACUGCUAUAAUUCUAGUGUCACAGACAAAGAAACUACAUUUAUUCAUUCAUAGAUAUUUUGAAAAACUUGCACUAGAUUGUGUAACUACACACAUCAUCCCAUCAGCGCCAUGGCAGCACUAGGUUUUAUAUUUGUAUCAAGUUUGAGUCAGUGAGGAUAUCUUGACUGUUUAAUUUGUUUUGGCUUGGUGUGCUGCUUGGGUUCAUGGGUCAGUGAUCAGAGUUUGAAGGUAAAGUUUUAUAACAUGCUACGUGACUGGAAUAGAUGAAGAUACGGUAUACACAUACAGUGUGCUUUGCAAAAAUAUUCAGAGCCCUUGAACAGUGAGUUCUAUGCGACAUACUCCCAUAUUUCAAUUUGGAGACGUGAAAAUGUAUGUGAAUAUAAGGAAAAUCCUUGCCAUAAACUCCUAACUACUACUAACUCUAACUAAUGUGAUAUCACAUGACACUGUCCAUGUCAAAUACUGGUUGAAUAGAUUUUUUUUUUUUAUGUUUUACAUUUCCUACUAAUUCUCAGUUGAAGAUUCACAAAGGCAAUAAUCUGUAAAGGGAUUAACAGACAAAAGUUGGACUGUUGUAGGUCUUCCCACAGUUCAUACAGUAUGUGAUGAUGAAGAUAUACUUUCCCCUAUUGAACUGGUUUUGAAUCUUAAUGUUUAGUCAGCAUCUACUGCACCUUGUAUGUUUGGGUGUAUGUGUGUAUGUUCAACAGUUAAUCCCUACACACUGACCUACUGACUUUGUCUGGUCGUGUGUUAAAGUGUGCAUAUAAUUUCUCAGAAGCAGCAUGUUUGAUGAUUCAUUCAUAUCUUUACAGUGACCCCCUGACUGUGGUUUGAAUGCCAGACUGAGAUCCAGCAUUAAUAUUAAACUUUAUGACGCCAGUGGUCAAGAUGUUGUAACUCAGGUUGGUGUUUAACCUUAGCUCUGUCACGCAGGUUGUUGACCUGUACAUAAGCAUGUGAACAGCUGUGGUUAACUGAUCAAAUCUAAAGAGCAAAUGUAACUUUUUUGGGACGGGUGAUGUGUCAUUUAGGCAUUCAUUUUGCUUACAUGCAACUAACCAUGAAAUCAGAGGAUUAGCCUACAUACACGUCAACUUUCGUUUUUCAGUUCAAGCUAAAUGGAAGCUGAAGGGCUUUUCCACAACUUUAUUGUUGGUGAAGUAUUAUGAAAUGUCACACAACACAAAAAGUAAAGUUGGACUGGGACUAAACAGAUUUAAAGAAAAGUAAAGAAAGUGUUGUGCAUGUGUUAUUGCAAUGAUUCCCAACCAAGGGUACCCCUAAUAGUACUUCUGCAGUUGCCAGGGCUAUGUGGAAAACAGUUUGAUUUGAUAAUAUAUAUCCACAUAUUUGUGUUUGUGAAAAAUCAAUACACAAAAGUAAGAUCACAAAUAAUCUACCAAUUAUGGUAGUGUGCACAAUACAUGCCUCUGUUUUACACCAAACUGAGUCAAUUGUAAGUGUAUUAAAACUGCGGAAUUGAAAGAAAAGACAACUAAAUGUAACAAUAAUGUAAAUGGUUGAAACAACCAGUUUCUGCCACUCCAAGUAGUCCAAAUGCAAACUUGGCCAAAAACACCAUAAAGCCAUUCGAUUUAUUAAAGAUGUAUGAUAAAGGGGUACUGUGGGGGUACAUCGGACAAAAAAGGUUGGGAAUCACUGUGUUAUUGCUCCUGAUCCAUUCUUUGACUGCAUGCACACCGUUCUCCUCCUCGCUGAGGGAUUUUUGCCGUUGUGUAGGGCAUGAACCCUUGGUCAGGAGGCAGCAAAUAAUAAGUUGGCUCUGUCAUGCUCACUUUACACACAUGCACACACAUCGAGGCACUGCCAUAAACCAGGACUUGUUCAUCGACAGGUCCACCUUUAUUUCUGUUUUAAUUUGUCUAUUGAUUAGGAAUAUGAUCAGAUAUGUGGACAUGUGAUUUCUGUGGAAAUGUCUGAUGUAUGAACCAUUGUUGAACCUUUGUUUUUUGGACAGAAAGAAUGUUAAGUUUUUGUGUCUGUGUAGUUUUUACAAAUAUCGUGCUUUUCGACUGAGAGACACUUUAUGUGGCAUGUACCAGCUGGUCCAAACCAGGUCCAGCUACCUGGUAUGAACCAAAGUUGUUUAACAGACUGUUCCCUAGUACGCUGGUGCCCUGUUGUAGACAUCUUACAUGCUGUGGCCUCUCUCUGCAAUAAUUGCUCUAUGAGCUUCCAGUGUGAGCGAUAAGAUAACCGGUGAGAGGUUGUAGCUUCCAGCGUUUUAAUUUCAUUAGCCUUCUGUCGCAUAUCUAAAUAUAAAUAUGCUGGACAGUGAACUUUGUGACCAAAUGACCUCUGUGAUUGAUUUGUAUUGUCUUACAUGUUGAUAUUGAGCAGAAACCUAAGAAAAAUACAUUAAUAACAAUCAUUAUAGAAUAGAUUCGCACAUUCCAGCCUGUCAGCAGUUUAUUUCCAUGUUGAUAAACACCACUGCAUUUUGUUUCUUUAUUCAACUCUAAUUCAGCAAAUGUCACAUCUAUUCUUGCACAUGGUCAAACAUGAAGCCAGCUAAAAUAUAUUUCACUGCACUCAGUUUUGCCUGCUAUAUACUAGAUAUUGUGUGUUUCCUGUAUAGACCUUAUGCUUAAUGUAUAUACAUAUGCCUGUAUGUGAUUGUGUUAUGCUCAGUGGAUUUGAAUGUGCUGUUCAGUAUUCCUUAAAGGCACCUUCUAUUCCUGUUCCUGGAUUUGAUUCAAUUGUACUGAUUUUUAAUUAAAUGGGGAACAAAUCUGAAA